AUGAUGGGCUCGUUGUGUUUCGGCGCUGAGCGCGGAGAGCUGGAGCUGGAGCUGGAGCUGGCUGGCGCCUGUACAAACAUUCGUCGAGAUGAUGGUGCUGGUGGUGCUGUGGGCUUAUAUCAGCCAAUACAAAGUGAUUUGCAAGUGAUCAAUAAUAUUUACUCAUCUCAUCAUCACAAAUACACAGGCACAAUUGAAUUGAAUCGAAUAUGA